GCUGUAGUUAUAAAAAGAGACCUCACUGUGUGGAUACACACGCCUGUACUGAGGGGGUUUAAUUUCAUAUUUUUAAUUUCCAUAUUCAGCGCCAUGGCAAGCAGACAUAAGAUUAUUUCUACUGGAUUACUUCUUUUCAUGUCAGUGCAUUUGACUCUUUCUUUCUCAGAUGAAGAGCUCCAUGCCAGCUACUGGAACCAUCAAGGGAGAGAGGCUCUUCACAGUGCCCUGAGCGCUCAGCGUAAUUUGCACCAAGCCAAGAACCUCAUCCUAUUCCUGGGGGACGGUAUGGGGAUACCGACUGUGACUGCUGCACGGAUCCUCAAAGGACAGUUGGCAGGAAAGUCAGGGGAGGAGAGCAGUCUGGUUAUGGAUACUUUCCCUAAUGUAGCCCUUUCCAAGACGUACAAUGUGGACCAGCAGAUGCCAGACAGUGCUGGCACAGCAACCGCAUACUUAUGUGGUGUUAAAGCCAACUAUGGCACCCUGGGUGUCAGUGCCUCCACCCCAAGGUACAACUGUAGUGCUACCAAAGGGAACGAAGUCACAUCCAUUCUGCACCGCGCCAAACAAGCAGGGAAAUCUGUGGGAAUUGUCACGACAACUCGAGUGCAGCAUGCGUCUCCUGGUGCGGCCUACGCUCACACUGCAAACCGCAACUGGUACGCUGACUCUGACCUCACCCCAGAGGCUGUCAAAAAUGGCUGCCGGGACAUUGCUUACCAGCUGGUUCAUAACACAGAGAUAAAUGUCAUACUUGGUGGAGGUCGCCAGUACAUGUUCCCCAACAACACUCAGGACCCAGAGUAUCCAUCUUUUACAGGAGUCAGGAAUGACGGAACACAUCUUGUAACAGAGUGGAUGAAGAACAAAAAGAAUGUUGAAUAUGUUUGGAACAAAGCUGGCUUUGAUGCUGUAAACCCUGCAACUACAGACUUCCUGAUGGGUCUCUUUGAGCCCAAAGACUGUCGCUACGAGUUAGAACGUGAUCAGUCCAUGGACCCCUCCCUGACAGAGAUGGUGGAGAAAGCAAUUAAAAUUCUCAGCAAAAACCCAAAGGGCUUUUUCCUCUUUGUAGAAGGUGGGAGAAUUGACCACGCUCACCAUGACGGGAAGGCCAAAAAAGCUCUGUAUGAGGCAGUAGAAUUUGACCGGUCCAUUGGGCGAGCGGCUGAACUGACCAGUGAGCUGGACACCAUGUCUGUGGUCACCGCAGACCACUCCCAUGUCUUCGCCUUUGGAGGAGGUUCUGCACGUGGAAACUCAGUUUUGGGUGUGUCUCGCUAUGCGGAGGACGACAAACACUUCACCAUGGCUGUGUAUGGAAACGGACCAGGAUACCUUGUCAAUGGAACUCGCCCUGAUGUAAACGAAACAGUUUCAUCGGGUAAUGAUUAUCGUCAGCAGGCUCCUGUCCCACUUGACUCAGAGACUCAUGGCAUAGAGGACGUAGCCAUCUUUGCCAAAGGUCCUAUGUCCCACCUCUUCCACGGAGUCCAGGAGCAGAGCUACAUAGCCCACGUCAUGGCUUAUGCCGCCUGCCUGGAGCCCUAUGAGGACUGCAAACUACCCCCACCAAACCAAGCUGCAUCCAUCCACCCCAGCCUGCUGCUCCUCCUGCUGGGCCUCCUCCUCCUCUCCCUCUGCUCAGUCUGAGAAAACAGCCUCUGGGGAAAAUGUCCUGACCUUGGGAUAACUUGUGAUAUAUACAAUUUUGGUUAAAAAAAUGAAAGAUUAUUCUUCCUCCUUAUUCUUCAUGCUGAACUUCAAGUAAAGAAUUAAGAGCUGUAUAGUCGCUUUGAAAUCACUGCCAUUCAUUUUCUCCUGUUCAGAUGACCUUUCUUUAUUAUAAAAAGCAGCAGUGUUUUGGAGCCAAGAUUUUUAUCACUCUCUUAAAUUUAUUUAUAUGAAAA